AUGCCGGAAUUCAUUAGCGUCACGUUUCCCAACUCAUCGACAGAGAUCAAUCCAGUUCCGCACGCUGGAAUCGACCCUGAUUAUCUCAUUCGAUAUGCUCGAAAUCUGGAUGACUAUGGCUUCAACUAUACCUUAGUGCCCUACGACUCAUCUUCAUACGAUCCGUUUACUAUCGGAGCUACAAUUCUUGCAGCGACCAAACAAAUCAAGGUUAUUAUAGCACUUCGACCGAAUACACUUCCUCCUACCGUUGCCGCCAAAGCACUGGCAACCCUCGAUCAACUAGGCGGUGGCCGCGUAGUUGUUCAUUUCAUCGCUGGAGGCAGCGAUGCCGAGCAGGCUAAGGAAGGCGAUUUCCUGACCAAAGACCAGCGCUAUGCGCGUCUCGAGGACUAUAUCCGAAUUUUACGUCGCGCGUGGGAAUCCGCCGAACCAUUUGAUUGGGACAGCCAGUUUUUCAAAUUCACACAGUUCAGUAAUAGAGUACGUCCAGUCAAUAAUACUAUCCCGGUAUCUGUCGGUGGUUCUUCGGACGAGGCAUAUAGAAUUGGUGGCUCGCUUGGCGAUAUCUUUGGACUAUGGGGUGAGCCUCUUAAGGAGACAAAGGAGCAGAUUGAUCGCAUCUAUGCCGAGGCAGAAAAGGCAGGCCGCGUUGAUCGGCCUCGCAUUUGGGUCACGUUCCGGCCUAUCAUCGCUGAGACCGAUGAGCUUGCCUGGGAAAAGGCACACCACACACUAGAUACGCUCACUACCAACCGAGCCAACGGGCAAGGCAAAGUUCCUCCAGUUGCACCGGCUCCGCAGAACGUUGGUUCUCAACGUUUGCUUGAGAUUGCUGCUCGCGGAGAGAUUCAAGAUCGAGCCUUGUGGUACCCUACCGUGACUGCAACGAAUGCACGUGGAGCGUCAACAGCAUUGGUCGGGUCGCCACAGACUGUCGCUGACUCGAUUUUGGAUUAUAUUAAGCUCGGUGCUGAUCUCAUUUCUAUUCGUGGAUAUGACAAUCUAAACGAUGCUAUCGACUAUGGUCGUUAUGUGUUGCCCAGAGUCCGGGAUGGCCUUAAGGAUUUGGCAUAG